AUGCAGCUACUCCUCUUCUUCUCCUUCUUCUUCAUCAUCAUCAUCUUCCUCUUCCUCCUCCCUCUUCCUCCUCCUCCUCCUCCUCCUCCUCCUCCUCCUCCUCCUCCUUUUCUUCUUCUUUUUCUUCUUCUUCUUCUUCUUCUUCUUCUCCUUCUUCUUCUUCUUCUUCUUCUUCUUCUUCUUCUUCUUCUUAUUCUUCUUCUUCUCCUCUCUUAUCUUGAUAUACUUUUCUGGUUGCGGAUGUUUGGCAGUCAACGCGGUUUAUAA